AUGGCAAUCCACUACUUGAUUCUUCUGUCGAGGCAGGGCAAAGUGCGCCUUGCCAAAUGGUUCACCACUCUCUCCCCCAAGGAGAAGGCCAAGAUCAUCAAGGAUGUGACCCAGCUGGUUCUGUCGCGUCGCACCCGCAUGUGCAAUUUCCUCGAAUACAAAGACACCAAGGUCGUCUACCGUCGCUAUGCCUCCCUCUUCUUCAUCGCCGGUUGUGCAUCCACCGAUAACGAAUUGAUCACCCUCGAGGUCGUGCAUCGUUACGUCGAGCAGAUGGACAAGUAUUACGGCAAUGUGUGCGAGCUGGAUAUCAUCUUCAACUUCCAAAAGGCAUACUUCAUCCUUGAUGAGCUGUUGCUGGCGGGAGAAAUGCAGGAGAGCAGCAAGAAGAAUGUGUUGAGGUGCAUCAGCCAGCAGGACAGUCUGGAAGACAUGGAGGUUGAGGAAGACGUGGUCACGAAGAUUAUGUAG